GCAACAAGAGGGCGGACGGCACAUUUUACGACUGCAACGAAAAGGAUUUGAAGGGAUGCAUGUUUGCUUUCUCUAAGUGAAGUCGGAUACAAAUUUUCUAAAGGAGCACAAUUAGUAAAUGAGAAAUUACAAUCGAACAUCGGCAUCACGCGGUUGAGGCCAAGUUGAUUAGGAACUGAGGAGAGCACAAGCAGCAUUUUUUCUGCGUAAUUCGCAGCAAGAAUUCAGAUUUGACACGGACAGCAUACGGUGAGACUACGCAUUAUGCGUAGGAAUCGAUCGCAAAACAUUUCCUGGAUCCUAUUUCGGCGUUGAGAAGGUAAAUACUGUCAGUGACUACAGAUGAUCACAGGUCCCCCCUCCCCAACAGCACAGAGGCUAUCAGGCAAAUGGUAGCCGCUGUGAGUCGGGCGAAGAGCGAGAGACCAAACCCGGAGGAUUUUGGACAGAUGGAAUAGAAAGAAUGCUGCUCUCUCAAAAUGCAUCACAGUAGACGGAUAAACUGACCAAACAAAUAUACAGCACACUUUCAGCGCUGAUUACGACGCUGGGGUUUAAAUAAUAUGUUUUAAACUCCGAGAACUGACAAAAUGCAUGUGCAAACUGAUCAGCUGGAUUGUUGAAAUGACUUGGUCGGCGCUGACGCUGUCUGAUGGCUCAAACUGCAUAAUAGCCAAAUGGCAUUUUAUUUUGCGUCGACUUGACGUUUGGAUCUCCAAUAUUGGAUCAGUUGUCUAGCUAAAAGUUCGGAUGAAAGUAAACAACUGGUGCAAUGUUAAACUACAUGGUCCGGAGCGUAAUGUACUGUUCGUGCUGAAGCGUAUGGGUCCUGCGUACUCAAGCUCCCGACUCCCACACAAAAAGGAUUGUCUCUGUUGCGGGGGGUGCAGUGCAGUAGCUGUCACAGCUCCACAUCUGGCUACUGACUGGAUAGUUAACUAGCUAGCUAGCUAACUGUUUUUCUUCUUGGGAAGCUAGUGAGGUUGAAUGAGUUUCUGCAUCAUUCGAGAGAAAGAUUGCUUUGUGAAAUCACCUCGGUGGUUAUCGUGUUCCGAAGGGACCUGUAUUUUGGACAAUAUCUGAGAUCAAUCGAACAGUUUGAAGUGAUUCACGGCUGUCUUCUUAGCGAAAACACAUAAGGACUUUUUGCGUAAGUCACGUAUUUUUAAAGGCAAAGAUAGGGUGACAUUGCAGUCUCAUCAUAUUGGAUAUAACGUCGCCCGACAAAAAAAAGUGAAAGUGGGCAUUGUCCGUCACACGUAUUAACGCAGUGGGAUUUGUACGUCUGUUCGGCGUUCCCCCCCACCCUUCCCUUGGUGACGGUGAUGGGUCGGAAGCGGUGUGUCGGUGCAGAUUGUUCCAAGAUGGCGGCCGGGUGCUGCGGGGUGAAGAAGCAGAAGCUGUCGGGAUCCCCCGGGUCGGGGGGUCCUGGCGGGGUGGGGGCGGGAAACGGAGUGGCAGGGACCGGACAUUGUGGAUCGGACUUGGGGAUUGGUUCCUCCUCGACUGUGGCGGCAGGGAACAUGAAUCGAGUGAACGGCCUGGGGUGUCCUGGGGGUAGUAGUAGUAGCACCAACGCGUUGUCCCCAACCCCGGGAGGCUACAACUCAACUGGCCUCUCCCCGAAUCUAAGCCCGGGUUCGGGAAGUGGAGGCAGGAAGAUGGUUGUUUCGGCGGAGAUGUGCUGCUUCUGUUUCGACGUGCUUUAUUGCCAUCUGUAUGGAUACCAACCUCCCCGAACACCUAGGUUUACAAACGAUUCCUACCCACUGUUUGUCACAUGGAAAAUAGGCAGAGACAAGCGGUUGAGGGGAUGUAUAGGUACAUUUUCUGCCAUGAACCUCCACCCAGGACUCAGGGAGUACACCCUUACCAGUGCCCUUAAAGACAGCCGCUUUCCCCCCGUGACGAGGGACGAGCUGCCACGCCUCUUCUGCUCGGUGUCUCUGCUCACCAACUUCGAGGACGUCGGUGAUUACCUUGACUGGGAGGUGGGUGUUCAUGGCAUUAGGAUAGAGUUUUUCAAUGAAAAAGGAUCCAAGCGUACCGCCACCUACCUACCAGAGGUCGCAAAAGAGCAAGGAUGGGACCACAUUCAGACCAUAGAUUCCUUACUACGAAAGGGAGGCUACAAAGCUCCCAUCACAAAUGACUUCAGGAAGACCAUUAAGUUGACCAGGUACCGUAGCGAGAAGAUGACAAUGAGCUAUGCUGAGUACAUUGCCCACCGCCAGCACCAUCACUACCAGAACGGCACCGGGCACCCUCUACCCCCAUACAACCAUUAUUCCUGACAGCGAGCCGCAUGACCAAUCACUGGACCUCUCUGCGGACCUUUUCCCAGGAGAGCCCGCCCCCUCCUGGUCUAGUUAUCUCUACUACUGUACCAUUUUAUGAUGAUAGUUUCCGUUGCCAUGCUGACGCUCUCCCAGACGUUGACGUGGCAACGGGUGGCAAAAUGAGCAUCAAUUGAUAAUGACGAGAAAAAACAAAAAUCUUUUAUUUUUAUCCUCCUAUUGAUUUAGUUUUUGCAGCAUAUAUAUCAAUAUAACCCCUUUUAGUUUUUAUUUUUGUUCACAAAUACUCAAUUUUCCUAAAUGUAUUAUUUUCAAACAAUCCUAAUCAGGCUUUUGAUUCUGUGGAUGGAAGCAAGUCAUAUAUAUGGUGAAUUCGUAAUGCAUAAAGGUAUAGGCUCAUAUUUUGUGUAGGCUUAGCUACAGUGUCCCAUCUAUUAGGGAAAUGUUUUUCUUUUUCUGUUGAAUCCUUUCUUAGUAGCCAGCUUGUCAUUAUGUGUGUCAUGUGGCAAGCCAACAGCCGUUCUGGAAGACUCAAUCUUUUCCUCAAUUUUGCGAUUCUUCUCAAGAAAUGGACUUGGGUUGGUUUGGCCUUUGUAACCCGUUGUAGUGCUGUAGAUUGUAGGGCUGUGAUGCCACGCCACUAGUAUUUGCUGGUCUUUUUUAUUACAUUACCCCACACGUGUUUGCUUUGAUGUGUGUGGUUAGAAGUUUGUUGUUAAGUUCACAUCCGACAGGAGAUUGAAAGCGCUAUAUUAAAUCAUGAAUAGGAUCAUGACAAAAUAUUUGACAGAGACGUUCAUUUCCACCCCUGAGUGUUCAUAGUGUUUUGUAAUGAAACCUGCACAACUUGAAUUGAAUUUGUACGGCUCCAGCUCAGAUAUUUUCACCCGCUCUUCUUUCCAACUUGAGAAACGUAUGGAGGAAGCCAUUUUAGCUGCGUCAAAGGAGGUUGUCUCUGUCCCUUGUCUCUGUGAAGCAGGCCGCUAGUGAAAGUGAUCCACGGGGCUGGAGAUUGUGAUAGGGUUGGAGAGUUGACUGGAGGUUGUGAUAGGGUUGGAGAGUUGGCUGGAGGUUGUGAUAGGGUUGGAGAGUUGACUGCAGGGCUGGAGGUUGUGUUAGGGUUGGAGAGUUGACUGCAGGGCUGGAGGUUGUGAUAGGGUUGGAGAGUUGGCUGGAGGUUGUGAUAGGGUUGGAGAGUUGACUGGAGGUUGUGAUAGGGUUGGAGAGUUGACUGGAGGUUGUGAUAGGGUUGGAGAGUUGGCUGUAGGUUGUGAUAGGGUUGGAGAGUUGGCUGCAGAGCUGGAGGUUGUGAUAGGGUUGGAGAGUUGGCUGUAGGUUGUGAUAGGGUUGGAGAGUUGGCUGCAGAGCUGGAGGUUGUGAUAGGGUUGGAGAGUUGGCUGGAGGUUGUGAUAGGGUUGGAGAGUUGACUGCAGGGCUGGAGGUUGUGUUAGGGUUGAAGAGUUGGCUGGAGGUUGUGAUAGGGUUGGAGAGUUGACUGCAGGGCUGGAGGUUGUGUUAGGGUUGAAGAGUUGGCUGGAGGUUGUGAUAGGGUUGGAGAGUUGACUGCAGAGCGCAGUCCUCUCAUUCAUUGUCCUCUGAGAAAAAUACCUUUAUCCUGUUAUUUCAUGCUAGUUGGUUUGAGAGGAAAAAACAAUGAGGGAGACUUGAGUCUAGUGACCGGGAUAUGCUAAAACUACUUAAAGCCAUAUUCUGUUUUUAAUGCAUGUGGUUGUUUUGUAGGCUAAAGAUGUCCCCCCCCCCCCCCCCCCCCUCUGUAACCUCCUCUACGAGUUUACUUUAUUCUGGUGGCUUUGGUCCCAAAAGUUGGGUUUCCUCUCAAAGUUUGUGUUUUGGUCCUGGCUAGGAAUCUGGGCCUGUGAGACAUUAUCUGGACUUACUCAGUUAGUAUGGGUUAGCAUCAGGGGUGCAUUUAUUAGUCAGAGUCUGUUGCAAAAAGUUUUGCAAUGAAACCUGUUUACUGUUUGGUUCCUAGAGUAAACCGGCAAAAUGGAACAAAACGGAGAGGACUACCUGAAUUUGUACAAUAGAAACUAAUUUUCAUUGAUAUAAGUUUUACAUUUGCAACGGAAUCCGACUGAUGAAUACACUCCAGCGUUUGAACUCCUUUGUGCUGUUUGUUAAGAGUCCUCAUCACUUCCGCUGCUUUUAUACCAUUUUAACUGAAGCUUGUGGCCACAAUGACAAAUAAUGAAACUUGAUGUAGGCCUAAUCAAUGUUUUACAUCCACAUUUGACAUUACAUGCUUGAUGACUGACGGUUGCCAUAGUUGUGCACUUUCAUGUGCUCUCGUCAAAACGCUAUGAGAUCUUGUGGAGGCUUCUGGAGAUGGCAUCUAGCUAGUCAAAACGCUAUGAGAUCUUGUGGAGGCUUCUGGAGAUAGCAUCUAGCUAGUCAAAACGCUAUGAGAUCUUGUGGAGGCUUCUGGAGAUAGCAUCUAGCUAGUCAAAACGCUAUGAGAUCUUGUGGAGGCUUCUGGAGAUGGCAUCUAGCUAGUCAAAACGCUAUGAGAUCUUGUGGAGGCUUCUGGAGAUGGCAUCUAGCUAGUCAAAACGCUAUGAGAUCUUGUGGAGGCUUCUGGAGAUAGCAUCUAGCUAGUCAAAACGCUAUGAGAUCUUGUGGAGGCUUCUGGAGAUAGCAUCUAGCUAGUCAAAACGCUAUGAGAUCUUGUGGAGGCUUCUGGAGAUGGCAUCUAGCUAGUCAAAACGCUAUGAGAUCUUGUGGAGGCUUCUGGAGAUAGCAUCUAGCUAGUCAAAACGCUAUGAGAUCUUGUGGAGGCUUCUGGAGAUAGCAUCUAGCUAGUCAAAACGCUAUGAGAUCUUGUGGAGGCUUCUGGAGAUAGCAUCUAGCUAGUCAAAACGCUAUGAGAUCUUGUGGAGGCUUCUGGAGAUAGCAUCUAGCUAGUCAAAACGCUAUGAGAUCUUGUGGAGGCUUCUGGAGAUAGCAUCUAGCUAGUCAAAACACUAUGAGAUCUUGUGGAGGCUUCUGGAGAUAGCGUUUUGACUAGCUAGAUGCUAUGAGAUCUUGUAGAGGCUUCUGGAGAUAGCAUCUAGCUAACCUUAAACCCUUGGCACUGGUCAUCGUCGGUUGAUUUGCUCAAAUCUGUUAUUUCCUCAUGACAUGCUGCUGUUUGUUGAGGUGCUUGCCGUAUUCAGGACCAGUUGCUCCCCGUCUCUGUGCCACUAGAAACCAUGCAUGGGUUGUUGGUCUGUCUUGUCAGCUGUUUUGGCAGAGGAAACUGGGAAAGGGUGGUCAAGCUGCAUUCAGUCAAACCCUACAUAAAGAACCAGGGAUUUCAAGCAACUAGUUAGUCCAUGUCCUCUUCAAGUGUUCCUUUUUGUCAGUCACAUCCGUGCCCAGCAGUUGGUAUGUUUUAGCAAGUGUAGUUAAUGGAUUAGCUAAUGAUCUCUGUCGUGUACAGGUUUGAGAGGUGCUUGUACAACAACAAAAAAGAACAAACAUAUUUUAUAAAACAUCUUUUACCAACUGACAGUAGGGUUAAUCCUUUUUAUUUUAUUUUUAUAUGCAAAAUGUUAAGGGCUUUGGCACUCCAUCCACAGUAACCCGAAAUGACCCAUAUUUCAGUUGUGUUGAUUUAAUAAAUUAUGGACCAGUAAAAUGGUGCCCUGAGUGUUCCUCUGUCCUGUCCUGUCUAAUACUGACCUCAACCUACAGGGCAGUGAAGGGCCUUAAAACCCUGAUUCACCCAUUCACCUUCAGAUAGACACAUUGUAGCGGGAGGCAGAUGGGAACCUUUCUUCUAAUCAUACCUGGACAUUAGAAACCCCAGCUUACUUCAUUAAUCUAGCCUAUUGUAGAAGGGGUUUGUCCACAGACAUGCUUGGUUUAGAUGUUAUUGUGGUAAGGGCCUAUCUAUCCUGUUCUCUGUGCUUCCCUGCUCAGAUAUCGGAUGGCAUUUCCUUCAUAUUAUCCUCUUGUGGUCAGGGAAAUGCUGCUCAACAACAUUGACAAGACAAAGGAGGCCUACUUAAAGAGAUAUAUUGGCCUAGUAGUUUGUCACAAAAACAGUUUUCAGAGAACUGUGGGACAAGCUUUCCCUGUUGUUGAACAAUCAGGUAACCAUUUUCUGGUCCAUUCAAUACAGCACAACCUGAAUAUUUUCCUGCUGCAAAAUCAAGUCCACCAUUCUCUUUUACAUACUUACCGAUAUAUGUAUACACAAAUGCAGUCCAUUCUGUUGCAUGUGUGUGUAUGAAACAUACAGUAUGGUUUAAUCCCUGACAUCGAAGGCUUAGAGACUAGUAUAAAUCAUCAAAAAUAAAUCAAAUGGUGCUAUUGGGACCUCAUGUUGGGGCGGUCGCAGGUUUCGUGACUGGUCAUGCGGACUCAUCGAUCAUAUCCGACUUAUUAUCCUUGAUAUAUGCAGAUCUGUUCAACAGGUGUUUUUUUCCUACCAGUGUAAGUCAACACCCUGCAGGUUUGAAAGGACAAGAAGUCACUACUAAUCCCCCUCCCCCCAACUCCCUGCCUCAUGGCCUGGGGGUUAAAGGUAUAGUCUGUCGUUCAGUAGAUCGUGGCAUCAGAAGGGAACAUUUCGCUCCUGGGCUGGGACAGUAAAGAGUUGGAGUAAAAGGGGUCUAUCGCCCCUCCUCUCCAGUCUCCCAUCGUAGGCCCCUUUCCCUGUCCAGCCCACGAUUGGAUGUUCCUCUUAGAAGCACACCCAUAACACUUCAUGUUUUACUCUUGUUAAAUCGUGAGUUUUUAUAGCUGUCCUGUAUCAUUUACUCAUCCAUGGAGUUGAUUAUCAGCUUAAAGGUCAUCUGACAGAAGGUUCUCACUCAACUCUGGCUCUUACAAACUCCCUCAAAGGAAGUCGUGCUUCUCAUGUAAUAUUGUCAUUCAUGUAGCCCUCUAUAACAGUGGUUUCUUUAAGCUGGACAUGAGUGUGGGUUUAGUUGGCAGGUUUAGUGAGCCAGAUGAGUGAUUGCUGAUAUCAUCACAUAAUUAUUGUAUUUGACUUGGACAAUUCGUUUCCAUUCAUGAUUCACUCUUCCGUAUGACCGUGAGUGUAUCAUGUAACGUCAUUUUAACAUGGAAAUGACUGAACGUAAAGGUUCAUGAAUAUCAAUAAAUCUCAGUCAAAUGUGAUGUGAUUUUCCUGGUGUCCUUCAAAAGAUUAUUCUGACUGCUAAUUUGCAGUUAGUUUAAACACACCUCUGCCCAUGGACGAGUGACAGUUGUUCAUACUGACACAACUGGGAUAAUGUGUAAAGACAAUGUCAUUUGGUUCCAUUGCCCGGUUUAGCCCCUGCAUUCCUUGUAUGUGUACCGGUAUGCAUAUAUUUUUGUGGAAUACUUAAGCUCCUAUUACCUUUGUAUGUUCAACCGAACCAAAGAUGCCUCUGCCCCAUAGAGAUGUAUAGAGAUCAUAACAUGGAAGUAACCUGUUUUUGCAUGGACAUUUAGGGCUUCCUCCAUUUUAAAAUGGUCAACUGGGUGAAGAUUCCUAUGGUUUGGGAGUGAUCGACCAAUGAGCAGAGCAUUGUUUUCUUCUUCAAAUUAGUUUGUAAUUGGCUUUAAGCUAUAUGACUGCCAUCUAACGGCCACAAUAAAUUUAAGACAAUUUGGUUCAAGACUCCAUCACUGCAGGUGGUAGUAAGUCACCAAUGUUAGCUUUACACUUUUUUCGAACAUCAAAAGAAAGAAAAAAUUGGACUACUUUAAAAUGGAGAAAGCCUCAAUGGCACUGUGCGUGCUGUCACAGACGCCAUAAUGGCAUAGAUACAACGUAGCGAUUUCUAUACAUCUCUAUGUUCUGGCCAAGUCCAAAUGCUGCUCUUCAGGCCUGGCUUCCUGUCCUUCCAAAAAACACCCCUGCAAGAGACAAAAUGUUAUUUUUUUCCGUCUGUUUCAGAUUUUUUUUAUCUGUUUUUUUGUACGAUUUCUAACUUGUCUUUUGAUUUCUUUAGCAACCUCUUAUUCAAUGAAUUUCAUUGAUUAUGUCUGAAGCCUUUUACCCGGCAUCAAGGACAGUGAAAUUACUUGGUUGCACAGUUUUUUUUAUUUUGUUGUCGUCACUUGUAUUUUCAUUAUUUUCAUUUUUUAAACAAAAAAAAAACCCCAUAGCGUGCCUCCUAGAUGUAUGAGUUUCUGUGUUUCUUUCCUAAAGACCAGCAGUUAUACUUUAUAUAAAAGAUGAGUUUGUCCUUAUUUUUUAUGCCGUUAAAGAUGAAAAAAGACCUCUUUUCUUUACUCUGGACCCAGUAGCUGCACUGGUAUACAAUCGCACUAAUAGAUAAACAAAAAAAAUACAAAUAAAUGAAUCAAUAAUAAAUGAAAUAAGAACUACAAUAAACUUGUGUUUGGAACUUUUAUAAGAUUUACUAAAAUAAAAUAAAUUACUGUUUUUGUACAUCAAAAUCUAUUAUUUUCCCCAAAACUAUUUUGGAUCUAGUUUCUAAAUUAUUUGAGUUGUUUUCUAUGUUCUGAAAAUGUGUCGCUGUGCAGAGCAACUGUCUCUGCUGUGGUGGCAUGACGGGGCGCGGGGUUGCCUGGUGUAAACCCCUCACACCCACCUUUUAUUUCUUCUACUUUUCAUUUUUGGUUCUGUCUCUUUCUCUGCUUUAGUAACUUAAAUGUUGAUGGAAUAAUAUGAACUGGGGGGAAAAAAGACUCCUUUAGAGCUAGAGUCUCCUUUCUCUCCCAUUGAAUUGCUGUUAGUGUGAUGAGACUUGAAAUGGGCAUUUAUGAUAGUAUGGCUCCAAAAAAAUACAGAAAAUGAAAAAUGUUUUUAAAAAAUGUGUGGGGAGGGAGAAAAUCUUAUAUAUAGAUGGGUUAUCAGUGGGUAUGUGAGCAAUGGCUGUGGAUAUGAUCAUGUAGUUUUAAACAUUGUUAUUACCUUUUAAAUUCAUUUAGCCAAUAAAAAUGAAUAAAACCACGUGAAAAGAUAAA